CACGCGCACAGGCAGCAGCCUGGCUCCGCGGCAGAAAGGCCUGGGGCGCAGCCAGCUCAGCGGCGACGGCGGCGCCCUUAAAUAGCAUCCGGAGCCGGCGCAGGGCAGGCAGUGGGCUGCUGUGACAGCCGGCGGCAGACGGCCGGAACAGCAGAGGAGACUUCAGCCUAGGACACUGCCAACCCCAGCCCAGGACGAUGCAGGCCCAUGAGUUGUUCCGAUACUUUCGGAUGCCAGAGCUGGUUGACUUCCGGCAGUACGUGCGCACCCUUCCCACCAACACGCUCAUGGGCUUCGGGGCGUUCGCAGCACUCACCACCUUCUGGUACGCCACGCGGCCCCGGGCCCUGAAGCCGCCAUGCGACCUGGCGAUGCAGUCGGUGGAGGUGGCGGGUAGUGACGGUGCCCGGAGAUCCGCAUUUCUGGACAGCGAUGAGCCCUUGGUGUAUUUCUACGAUGAUGUCACAACACUAUACGAAGGUUUCCAGAGGGGUAUACGGGUGUCAAAUAAUGGCCCAUGUUUAGGCUCUCGGAAACCAGACCAACCCUAUGAAUGGCUUUCAUACAAACAGGUUGAAGAAAUGUCCGAGUGCGUGGGCUCAGGGCUGAUCCAGAAGGGCUUCAAGGCUGCCCCGGAUCAGUUCGUCGGCAUCUUUGCUCAGAACAGACCUGAGUGGGUGAUCAUUGAACAGGGAUGCUUUGCUUAUUCGAUGGUGAUCAUUCCCCUCUAUGAUACCCUAGGAACUGAAGCAAUCACCUACAUAAUCAACAAAGCCGAACUCUCUCUGGUUUUUGUGGACAAGCCAGAGAAGGCCAACCUCUUAUUAGACGGUGUGGAGAAUAAGUUAAUACCAGGCCUUAAAACCGUAGUUCUCAUGGACUCCUUCGGCAGCAGUCUGUUGGAACGAGGCCAGAAGUGCGGGGUGGAGAUCAUCAGCAUGAAGGCGUUGGAGGACCUGGGAAGAGCCAAUAGACAGAAGCCAAAGCCGCCAGCACCUGAAGAUGUUGCAGUCAUCUGCUUCACAAGUGGAACUACGGGCAACCCCAAAGGAGCAAUGAUUACCCAUCGAAAUGUAGUGAGCGAUUGUUCAGCAUUUGUGAAAAUGACAGAGAAUGUCUUCACUCCUACCCCAGAUGAUACUCUCAUUUCUUUCUUGCCUCUCGCCCAUAUGUUUGAGAGAGUUGUAGAGUGUGCAAUGCUGUGUCACGGAGCUAAAAUAGGAUUUUUCCAAGGAGAUAUCAGGCUGCUUAUGGAUGAUCUCAAGGCACUUAGACCCACUGUCUUUCCUGUGGUCCCCAGACUGCUGAACCGGAUGUUUGACCGAAUUUUUGGACAGGCCAACACCACCCUGAAGCGAUGGCUGUUGGACUUUGCCUCCAAGAGGAAAGAGGCUGAGCUUCGCAGCGGCAUCAUUCGAAACAACAGCCUGUGGGACAAACUGAUCUUCCACAAAAUACAGUCAAGCCUGGGAGGAAGAGUGAAGUUGAUGAUCACAGGAGCGGCGCCCGUGUCUGCCACCGUGCUGACCUUCCUGAGAGCCGCGCUCGGCUGCCAGUUCUACGAAGGCUAUGGACAGACCGAGUGCGCCGCCGGGUGCUGCCUGACUGUGGCUGGAGACUGGACGGCAGGCCAUGUUGGUGCCCCAAUGCCUUGCAACCUUAUAAAGCUUGUCGACGUGGAAGAAAUGAAUUACUUGGCAGCCAAGGGCGAGGGCGAGGUGUGCGUGAAAGGGCCAAAUGUAUUUCAAGGCUACCUGAAGGACCCAGCAAAAACAGCAGAAGUGCUGGAUAAAGAUGGCUGGUUACACACAGGGGACAUCGGAAAGUGGUUACCAAACGGCACCUUGAAGAUCAUUGACAGGAAAAAGCACAUCUUUAAACUGGCACAGGGAGAGUACAUAGCUCCGGAGAAGAUUGAAAACAUCUACCUCCGAAGCGAACCUGUAGCUCAGGUGUUUGUCCAUGGAGAGAGCUUGCAGGCGUUUCUCAUAGCAAUUGUGGUACCGGAUGCUGAGACAGUAGGUCCCUGGGCCCGGAAGAGAGGAUUUCAAGGCUCCUUUGAAGAGCUGUGCAGAAACAAGGAUGUCAGAAAAGCUAUUCUAGAAGACAUGGUGAGACUCGGGAAGGAUUCUGGCCUAAAAUCAUUUGAACAAGUCAAAGGCAUCAGUCUCCACCCUGAGUUAUUCACGAUCGACAACGGCCUUCUGACCCCAACCAUGAAGGCUAAAAGGCCAGAGCUUCGGAAUUAUUUCAGGUCGCAGAUCGAUGAACUUUAUUCCACCGUCAAAGUCUAAUGGAGGCGGGGAGCUCUCCACAGUCUUCUCCUGCUGCCGCCCUCACUGGUAGCUUGGACGACGGCAGGUGUAGGGAACGAGCAUCCUUGUCUGACUCGUGCGUUCACAUUCUCGUCAUAGGAACACUCGAGGGGAUGGAGCACUGCCUUACAGUCACCUCGCGUUGCAGACCAUGUUCACGGUGAUAUAUAUACAAUUUCCAAAAUGAGCCUUAAAAAAUUGUAAAGGGGAAACUAUAAAUGUGCUAAGUUAUUUACAACUUCCUCAGUUCAAAAGGUGGGUGAAAACUUCUGUCUCCCUGUUUUGCUCACCAAGGGGUUAGGACUUUGCUGUCCCUGAGACGUUUGCUGCUUGCUGUAAGUCCCCAGUUGUCUGCUACUCCAAAGAGUUCCGUGCACUGGAGGGCGCCAUCCCUUACAAACUGGAGCUAUCCCGGCCGGAGGACGUCACAAGUGGACCAGAGGGUUUUUUUUUUAAAACCCUGCCACCUGCCCGUCCCCAUCUCACAGUCCAUCCCACAGCCCUUGUGAUGAACCCCUGUCACUCCUGCUGGAGCAGAAGGUUCCCAGUGAAGCAAGGACAGACCCAACUCAAAACAGUGCACUCUGAGUCUCAGAUGGCCGCUCCCCAGCGCGGGUGGAUUCUGGCGCCCACAGAGCAGAAUGUUCUCUGACCCUUCUCUCCAGUCCCAAUGCCCUCCCUCCAUCUUUUCCCAGGGGUUAUUAGAAAAUCGGCCUUAGACCCUACAGUGAAGACACGCAUUUCAAAAAGAAAUAAUUACCUGGAUCAACCAUGCACAACUGUGAUGCCAAACAGCUGUGUGGUCGCUCUGUCUGUGAUGGCCCACCUGUAGUCUUUUAAUGUGGUUUUCAUAUCAAGAGAGUAUGUUGUGAUUAAGUGGCUUUUUUCCCCAGAAUAAACUCUCAGGCAAGGCAUGUCUUUGAAAAUAUUAAGGGAGUAGAUACACUUGGUACUUACUGAAAUGGACAGUGAUAAAUAAAUGCUCUUUUCUCAUAAUUCUACCUGAUUUCUAGGAAAUGUAUUUGACAAGCCAAAACUCUAGCAUGUAGGAAUCUGGAAAUCUCAUUUCCCGGGAUUAAUUUCUCAAGGGAUUUUUUUUUUUUUUUUUUGAUUUGGGAAAUUAGCAGCUUUUCACUUUUCUGCAAGUCUUUGCCACAUGUGACUAAACUGAGUUGUCAUUUAUACAGUGAAAGCAAUUGUUUUGGGACAUGUGAAGACGUGAAUUCUACAAGCACAACAGGGUUUGCACUAAAGAACUGUCGUUGUGGUAACACUAUUUGGUAGCCUAACUUCAUAUGUAUAUUCUUAAUUGCACAGUCAGUAAUUUGUCACACUGGGGUUUUGAAUGUUUGCUUUAAGUGUUGGCUAUUUCUAUGUUUUAUACACCAAAACAGAAUUUCCAAAAACAAUGAAGGAAACCAAAAUAAAUAUUUCUGCAUUUCAA